AAGGGCAACAAACGCGCAGGCCUGUGCACAGCCUGCAUCUUCUGGGUGCAUUUACACGUGUGCAUGUAACCGAGCAAGAAAGAGAAUGUAAAACUUUCUGCAAAUCUUUGCUGCAAAGUGCAAGUGAGAGGCGGGGGAUCCGGGACCGGCUGUCAAUCAUCGCCACGUCCCCGGAGUGCUGGAACGUGGCCCGGGACAGGGAAUGCGGAAGUGCGGUUUGCCGCCAGCCAUUGCUUGACUGCAUCUUUAGAGCAACGCACGCAGUUCCUCAUUGCCCGUCCCCAUGGCCACACGCUGACCCCCAGCACAAGUUUGCCCCGACACAGACAGAUCAGCUCAGCUCAGCCCAGCCCAGCGGAUGGCUUCCACUUGCAAGGGCACGAAGCCCAAAGUCGGGGGCGUUCACUUCAGGCCCGAGAGUCACGAGGGGCCAGCCAACCAUGUUCACUUUGAAGAGAAGCUGCACGACUCCGUUGUCAUGGUGACCCAAGAGGAAGACGGGAGUUUUUUAGUGAAGGUGGGGUUCUUGAAGAUUAGCCACAAAUAUGAGAUAACGUUCCUGCUGCCGACGUCACAGAACUUGGGUCAGGGCUCCUGCUGCACCCCACUGCCCAGCCACUACUUGAAGGUGGUCGAGAUCACCCCAGUGCCAGAAGGCCACCAGAUGAAGUGCGAGUACAUGGCGCACAAGGAGGGGGUAAUCAGAGAGGAAAUGUUGAUCGCCAACGAACUCAAGGACAGCGCCUCGGUGAAAGUGACGUUGCAGGCCAGAGUCCUGGAUCGUCUGCACGGGACCCCCAUGCUACUGGAAGGGGUCAAAUGCAUCGGCUCCGAACCAGAGUACGACUCCGAGCAAAGUGACUGGCAGGGCUUCGAUUAGACGCCACCACAUCUACACUGCCUUCAGCCUCAGUGGCCACCUCCCAAUGUCACACUCGCUAAGCUGUGAAAUCCUCAACCGCAAAACACAGAUUGUACUCUCUCUCUCUCUCUUCUCUCUCUCUCUCUCU